AUGUAUAUCCAGACCAACGCAGUGAUUCUCACCCUCGUCGGUGCUGCCAGCGCCCUCGUGGCCCGCUUCCCCAUCGUGCCCGUGCCAGAGACUCUCAUCCAGUACCAGAGGUGGUGUCCUGUCUGCGAUACCGUGGCCAUGAACUACAAGUGCAUCAACGCCGGUUCAUCAUGCCAGGCCAGCGUUUUCAUGCCACCUGCUGAGGACGUUGACGGGUGCACUGCAUCGUGCUCGUCCACCUGCCAGCUGUCAUACGUCGCCAACAGCGACUAUGGAUACACCUGCAACGCCACUCUCACCAACUCCAACUAA